AUGAAGAUCACCUCUAUGACAGCUUUCAUGGUGACCGCCACCUCCACCCUCGCUGCGCCCAGCCCUACGGUGUCCGAUCUACAGCCGCUGCAACUGACGAACCUCAACGCAGCUAUCUACAGCACGAGUGUCCCACAAACAUGCUUCCUCUUCUUCGACGUCACAGAUCCAAACACCAACACCGACACUCAAUGCUCUGCUUACUGGUCAAUCGGCAUGGCUGGAAACAAGACUUACGACUGCUCAGAUAAGGCAUAUCGGCUUCACCUCCCGAAUGGAAUCUAUAACAUCGAGAACAUCGAUCUCGGGGUCUCUCGCGCCGACGGUUCUGAGACUGGGCGCUCAACGGUACACGGUGAAUCUUGGAAAUGCGAGAAGCAGGAGUAUCCCAAGGCAAAGUGCAGGUGGGAUGGUAUCUUUCAUCUCGAUGUGGCUCCUUCUACCCUCUAG